AUGUCCGACACGACCCAGCCUCCUAUGAACGGCAACUACCCCGCGCAACAUGCGUAUCCUGACUCCUACAACUACGCCCAUACUGCCGUGACCAGUGUGUCCAACUUUCAGCCAGCGCAGUCAUCUACCCCCACCAAUGCCCCUCCUAACGACCAGAAGAAUGGAAUAUCCAAGGAUGAGGUUGGGUGGUACUUCGUUGAGCAGUACUACACCAACAUGAGCCGUAGCCCAGAGAAGCUGCACCUCUUCUACUCCCGGCGGUCGCAGCUCGUCUUCGGUACCGAGGCAGAGUCGGUUCCUGUCGCAGUCGGCCAGAAGGCAAUCAACGAGAAAUUCAAGCAGCUUGACUUCCAGGACUGUAAAGUUCGUGUCUUGAACGUUGAUUCUCAGGCAUCGUUUGACAACAUCCUUAUUUCCGUCAUUGGUGAAAUUUCCAACAAAUCCGAGCCGUCCCGGAAGUUUGUGCAGACUUUCGUCCUCGCCGAGCAGCCCAACGGCUACUAUGUUCUCAAUGAUAUCUUCCGGUACUUGGUCGAUGAGGAGGAGGAGAUUGUAAAUGAGGAGGCCGCUCCGGCUGAAGCCCCCUCGGCUGCCGCAGCCCCUGCUGAGGAGCAGGUCGCGGAGCCUGCUGAGGAACCUGCCGCUGCUGAGGCUGCACCUGAAGUGACCGAAGCCCAGGUUACUAACGAAGUUGCUGUCGCUCAAGUGGACGAGAAACUUGAGCAGGCCCAGGAGAAUGGCGAACCAGCACAGGUCAACGGAGCUACUGCGGAAGAGCCGGAGGCUCCACAAGAAGCUCCUGCCCCGGUCGAACCUGAAGCUGCGGCGCCGGAAAAGCCCACAACUCCUCAACCCACCCCAGCUGAGCCUGUGAAGAAGGAGGCUCCUGCGCCUGAAAAGGAGACCGCUGCCCCAGCAAAGGCUGUUCCCAAGACCUGGGCCACCAUUGCAUCCAAAUCCGGGGCUUCAGCUCCUGUUGUCCCUGCUAUUCCCGUUGCCGCGCCUAAGCCUACUCCUGCUCCUGCCGCAUCUCAGCCUUCCCCUGUUCCUGUCCCGUCUCAGCCUGCUCCUGCUGCCGCUUCUGCUCCUGCAGCUGCCGCCGCUGAAAGCACUCCCGAGCAACCGACUUCUACUGAUGGUGCUGGCUGGCAAACUGCUGGUCACGAUCAUAAGAAGACCCAAUCUCGUGCCGCCGAAGAGCAGAACGUCCUUGCAUACAUCAAGAAUGUCAAUGAGAAGGUUGAUGCAAGCUUGCUCAAGCAAACUCUCUCUCGUUUCGGAAAGCUCAAGUACUUUGACGUGAGCCGCCAGAAGAACUGCGCCUUCGUUGAGUUUGCGGAGCCUGCCGGUUACGCAGCUGCCGUCGCUGCAAACCCUCACCAAAUCGGAUCCGAACAAAUUUUCGUUGAAGAACGCCGUCCCCGCGGUAACGCUUAUGGCGGCAAUGCUAACUACGGUGCUGGCCGUGGUGGCGCAGGUCGUGGCCGCGGUGACCGUGCUGGCAACCAGGGCCGUGGGGGCUUCCAGCGCGACGGACGUGGCGGCUUUGCUCCCCGUGGCCGUGGAGGAAACGUGAACGGCAAGCCCCGCAACCAGCCUCAGGCUGCUUAA